AUGUCUGUCAUACUCUGCACAGCUGGUUACGACCACACGAUCAGGUUCUGGGAGGCUCUCUCCGGGAUAUGUUCCCGCACGAUCCAACACCCCGACUCGCAAGUAAACAGGCUCUGCAUCUCGCCCGACAAGCGCUUCCUGGCCGCCGCGGGCCACCACACUGUGAAGCUGUUCGACAUCAAGUCCACGAACCCGAACCCGCUCCUGACCUUCGAGGGCCACACCGGCAACAUCACGGGUGUCGCAUUCCACUGCGAGGGCAAGUGGAUGGUGACGUGCUCCGAGGACAGCACCGUCAAGAUCUGGGACACGCGCAGCGGCAACAUCCAGCGCGAAUACAACCACGGCUACCCCGUCAAUGACGUUGUCAUCCACCCCAACCAGGGCGAGAUCAUCAGCUGUGACCGCAACGGCAGCGUGCGCGUCUGGGACCUCGCCGAGAACAACUGCUCCCACCAGCUCAUCCCCGAGGAGGAUGUGCCCGUCUCGAGCGUCACAGUCGCCAGCGACGGGUCCCUACUUGUUGCCGCCAACAACAACGGUUACGUCUUCGUCUGGAGACUCGUCCAGACCUUGGAACGAACGCAACUGGUGCCCGUGACGCGGUUCCCCGCGCACACGGAGUACAUCGCGCGGGUCAUCCUCUCACCCGACGUCAAGAAGCUCGCAACCUGCUCCGCGGACCACACAGCGAAGAUCUGGGCCGUUCCACUCCCCGACGCGGACGACGUCCCCGACGUACCUGCACCCGCGCCCAAACUGACCAACGGCGACACCAAUGGCAGCGGACAUAUGAUUCAACAAACCCUCAUCCCGGCGCCCCUCUCCCUCCCCACGACCACGGCGAUGACGAACGGAACAACCGCCAACAGCGCAGGCGAGGGCCCCGGAUCGGGGGGCCCAGAGUCGAAGCCCUUCCCGCUCGAGGCGACGCUGACGGGCCACCAGCGCUGGGUGUGGGACUGCGCCUUCAGCGCCGACUCGGCCUACCUGGUGACGGCUUGCAGCGACCACUACGCGCGGCUGUGGGAGCUGUCCUCCCAGCAGGUUAUUCGCCAGUACAACGGCCACCACCGCGGCGCCGUGUGCGUCGCGCUCAACGACUACUCGGAGGCUAGAUAG